UGUUGUGGCGAAUAUCAUCGAGCAAGAAUGGAUUAGAAAAUUAUAAAAUUACAAAUGGCUUCCGUUUCCAACUUUCGGCUGCCGUAAUUCCUUGUUGGCAUGGUUUUUUAAAUAAAGAUCACUUAAUUAGUUGAGACGAACGUGUUCGAUCGAAAUUUUAGAGUUUAGUAAGGUAGCCGACAAGCGACAACCAUGGGCAUACAAGAUUUACAAAUAUUUUUAGAAAACGAAGGAGUAGGUGUUGAUUUGUUUCGAAUCGCUAGAACUCACCCUGGCGGCUUCCGAUUAGUACUUGAUGCGGAAGGCUGCUUAGAUCGGCUGUAUGGCGGCUAUUUUUCAGAUUGGGCUUGUGGUGGUCAAUGGGCCCGUUGUGUGCAGUUUCUUACAACACUUGCACAAGCUUUGGCAGAACAUCAAGUAUCACUUUGUGUUUGUUUCAACGGUGCCCACCCAACACCUCCUGCAUUGCCUCAACACUGGAUACAAACACAAUCAACCUAUAGACAGAGAGUUAACUCUGUUUUGCGUCAUAUUGUUACAAAAGGUACCCCACCUCCUAAGGUAUGGUGGGUUCCGCCAACAGGACUGCAUUCUUGUCUUAGAACUGCUCUGAGAUACCUGAACAUCCCAAUUAUGGUGUCCUCUGAUGAUCAUUGCCAAGAAGUUGUUGGUUUGUGCAGAGAAAAGACUUAUGCUGGUUUAGUAGGUUGCUCUGGGGAGUAUUUGGUAUUCCAGCCACCUAGAUAUUUUAGUUCAUCACAGCUCAAACUCACAUACAGAUCAUCCCUGGAAACCAAAGAGUACAUGGUACAUGAGUUGCCUAAACUAUUAGAUGUUCAACAGGAUAGACUGUGCCUUAUGGCUGCUCUUCUUGGAGGAGUUAUAUUAUCUGAGCAAAGCCUCACCGAUUUUUAUAAACGAUUGGGUAUCGCUCAAAAAAAGCAACAGGUUCCUCCUGAAACACUUAUCAAGGCUGUUGGCCAAUUUGUACGUGAUUUACCAACCUCUGAUGUUGAUGCUGCUUGUAUUGAAAUAUUUGGUGAUUUGAAUGACCUUCGUGCUGCUAAAUUAAAACAAGCUGUGCAGUACUACCUUAAUGGCACCAAAGAUGGCUUUUUAAAAUACAGAACUGCUUCAGGUCGUCGUCAGAAAAACAACAAGAAAAAUCAAAGACCUGAAUCCAGCCCUCAGUCUACAUCAACAGAUAUUGAUACUACAAAACUAGCGACCGAGUCUUCAGAGCAUGAGCGAAAAGGCUUGGAAGAUUACAAAUUGGCUACAGCAAAUGCAUCGAUUAACGCCGACUUUAGCAUGGAAGAUCAUUGUCACGACUUGAGCCACGACGUUGCGGCGAUGUCCCUAGACGGCGGGGACGCGGCACCCAUCAAACACCCUCAGCAGCAGUCUAGAAAACCUGCAGUCAACAAAACCGACAAACCUUCGUCUAAAGAGGCUACGGCAAGCGUAAGCAAGCAAAUUCACGAUGACAAUUGUCCGCCUGCUCCAUCAGAAGUAUUGCGUACUUGCGCUGAGCGACACACUCGCGGUCUCAUGCAUCCUCAGAUGCUCUCCAUCCUCACGCACCGUCAAGUAACUCUUCCCGUUUUGAUGGAAGACGACAACCACCGGGAAAUACCAUCCAUACAUCAUUUCUUCCGGCCAAUUCGGCAAAAUGUGUAUGCUAUCUUGUACAACAUGCACCAUCAUCGUUUCAUGGCUCAAAAAGCUAAAGAUGAUGGUUCAGCAAGCACAUCCAUGAAUGAACGUGCAUGCACAGUACAUGUGGCUGAAUGGAUCUAUUCCAGAGUAAACCCUGGAAAAAGUCCCGAAAUUGUACCAGGAGUUAUGCUUGAUUGGCCUGUGCCUACAGUACAAAGGCUUUGGUUUGGAACGGCUCAAGAUGAUAAGUGUCGCCGGAUGCGUGCAUUCCUUUCAUGUAUGCGUUCAGACACUCCUCUUAUGUUAAACACUUCGUAUGUGCCACAGCAUCUACUUAUUUUAGCUACAGUUUUAAGGUUUAUCAUGACAUCUCAAAUCCAGAUUCUAAGGCGUCAAGAAUUAGAUGCAUUCCUGGCCACAGCUUUUUCCAACGAUCUCAUGAAUGCACUACACUUGCAAGAGAUGACUGUGAAUGGCAUGAGCUCGCGCGGCGUUCAACUGGCGGCGCUGGUGAUGGCUGGUGCAGAGGCGGCGCUGACUGCUAACGACGCGUGCGGCGCACCCGUGCCCUGGCUAGUGGCUGCACCCUGGCUCUACUUCGACGGGAAACUGUUGCAGCGCAACUUGUACCGCGCCUCGCACUGCAAGCACCUGGCGCAACUGUGCGACAACCACCUCGACACUGUUGUCAAGGUGGAGAGAAUGCGCAAGGCCAUACUGGAGGGGCUGGAGGUGGAGUUCGCGAUGCCCCCGCUGCCGUUAGUUGGUGUGGUGGGCGAGCCACUCGCGUGGCGAGGGCGCGGUCGCGGCGCAAGACUGGAGAUAGCUGGCGUGGUGGUUGGGCAGUGGGGCGGGGGUUCCUACCCGACUCAUCCCCGCGCGCCGCGCUACCCUCAGGUGAGCUAUGUGGGCUACACGCCGACACCGCGCAACGCGUACGGAGGGCGCGGUUGGCGAGGCGGGCGGGGACGUGGGCGCGGCCGUGGUGCGGCGCCGCCUACGAGGGGAGCGACUCGCACCCGCCGCCCGCGUACGCACGAACCCGCUAAACCGGCGACGCUCACUCUCAACGGCAAAACGGUUAGGCCCGAUGAAAUGAACGCUCCGGUCGAAGAUGGCAGCCCCCAAGAAGAUAACUCGCCUGAUAAUGACGUUGAAGGAACCCAACCUCAGAAAACUAAGACUGGAAAAAACAUAAAGAAGAAUUUAGGUAAAGGUAAAAAAAAGAGCUCCAACCCGAAGACUGAUGUUGCUCAGAACUUGGAAGCCAACGGACCACUAGAUAAGGACAAGGUGACGGAACUUAGCCCUAAUUCUGAACAAGAGCACUUUGGCCAAGGUGAUGCACCGGUUACUAAUUAAAUUAUUCCUUUUAAUUCCAAAGGUAAAUUAAUCUUUUUAUACAUCUUCAUUUAUUUCUAAAUGUCAGUCAUUUUUAGUCUUUUUAAGACAACAUUACGAUUUGUUACCUAUUUUAUAUUUCUGUAAGGAAAGCUUGUAUAAUUAACUAUAAAUGACUCCUUAUUUGCUAGUGAAUCUCGAGUGUUACAUUUCAUUAGAAUGUAUUCAUUUGCAAUGACUGACAAAAAUGAAUGUUGCAUCAAAUUAAUAUUGUAACAGCGUGAGUUCUUUACGAUAGAUGUAAAAAAUAUUGUCAUUACAAAUGUAUGCAUACUAUUGUAAUUCAAAUUUGAAUUAUGAUUUUAUGAAAAACAUCACAUUGAUGUAUUCACUAGCCUUAAUUGACACUUAUAAAACAUUGAAUUUCGGGGAAAACAACAUGGAAAUGAAUUGAUGAAAUAAUUUUUGCACACAUUUUCUCAAGUUCCCAUGCAUCAUUAAUAAUUAAUGAAACAAAAAAAACAAUACAUGAAUGUAAUGAUAAGAUUUUGGUGGCUGUCAUUAGAUGUCUCGAUUGCAAUGUAUACGUGCCUCAACAUCUAAGGUAGAAAUUUAUAGAAUGUACUUUGACUUAAAUUGUGUCAUCUAAAGUUGGUGUUAAAAUGAGGCGGAUUUAUGUCAAACAUAAUUUUGUCUCAUUUUAUCUGUUUCUUAAGUGUGAGCAAAGUCAAAGUACACUCUAUAAGUCUCAGCCUAAGAGACUUCCCAAUUUGUGAGACUGAUUUUGUAUUAAUUGAAUUGGCACAACGUGUGCUCAAUUGCUCUAUAAUAUGCAAGACAAAGUGACAGACCUUAUUGAAGCGGUUGUUUACGCUUCUAUCCCUUAUUGAGACGUAUGGUCUCUCUGGAUAUUUUGUGAUAUGUAACUAUGAGCAUAAUAAUAUUUAUUAAAAACUAAGUUCCAUA